AGCGUUAUGUAAGGUAAUGCCAGAUAAAUCGAGAACAAUAUAGCGCGUAGGUGUAUGAUAAUAUCGGUAACAAAACCGCGAUUCAAAUCAAAAAUUACAGCACAGUCGCCUCGAAGAAGUGAUAAAACAUGACAGCGAAUGGUGGCUUGUGAUUGGUCUGAAUGUGCAUGAAAAAAGACGAUCGCGCUUCUCAUUGUCUUCGUUCACAGCCGUCUUGACUUCGCUUACCUUAGUGUUCCCAUCAGGAUAUGAAGGCUAGUUUUGAGCCAAAAGUGGUUACAUCUCAAAGUUUUUGAGUUUACGAUGCGAUCCAAAUCGGUUGCUAGAAGAGUCGCGGCUCAAGAAGGAAGCGAAGAUGAACUAGACAUAUCCACAUCGAACCUUCACACAUCCGACGAGGAGAAUUCGACGGAAUUGAGAACAAUGGUACCGCCGCAAAGUGAAAACAAUAUGGGAGUUAUCAAUUCUGACCAAACGAAUAAUAAUCGAGAAGACAACCCGAAACUCUCCCUUAAAUCGGCCGACCUUUUGUACAACCACGAAAAGUUCUUUAACGGAUUUAAAACUUGUGACUUUUCGCCUCAAUUCGCCUUAGGUAACAAUGUACUGCCGCCCGAAUUAGAAUAUCGCGAUUCCGGUGUGUUCGCCGUGAGUGUUAUACCGAAAGGUGCAAGGUUUGGUCCGUUUCAGGGAAAGUGGGCCGGCGUUCCCCAAGACUCGAGAUAUGCUUGGGAGGUGUUAGCCGGUUCGGGAAUCAGAGGAUGGUUGGACGGAUCGUUGGAGCCCCUUAAUUGGUUAAAACUAAUCAACAGCUCGCCAAAGAAACACCACUCGAAUUUACGCCACUUCUUGCAGAGCGGUCAGAAAAUCCAUUUCCAGUUAUGGUAUGAAACGUGCGUGGACAUACCGGCCGGCCACGAACUAAUCCUAGGAUCCAAAGAACCUUUAGAUCUUCAGGAUAUGUUCGGCGACGCGAACGCGUCGAUCGACGAUUUCGCCAGUAGGGAAACGGGAUCCCAGCAUAGCGGUACUGCAGAUAACGAACGCGAAGAUGAAUCCGAAGACGACACCGAAACACGUUGCUCCGUUUGCGAUCAGCCCUUCAGCGAUUUAGAUAAGUUAGAUGAACAUCUUAUAGUAAAGCACAACUACAGAAAGGACGAGUUUCGUUGCGACCUUUGUCCAAAGUCCUAUUGCCAUAGACCCUGCCUUCUGAAACAUCGGGCGCUGAUACACGGCGAAACAAGAAAAUAUCACUGCGAAAAUUGUACAAAGGUUUUCACAGAUCCUAGCAAUCUACAGAGGCAUAUAAGAACACAUCACGUCGGUGCGCGCUCCCAUGCGUGUCCUGAAUGCGGGAAGACUUUUGCAACAUCGUCUGGAUUAAAACAGCACACGCACAUACACUCUUCCGUGAAACCAUUCCAAUGCGAAGUUUGUUUUAAGGCCUACACACAAUUUUCCAAUUUGUGUCGUCAUAAACGGAUGCACGCCGACUGUCGAAUGCAAAUCAAGUGCGUGAAGUGCGGACAGUCAUUCUCUACCGUAACCUCCUUAUCGAAACACAAGCGAUUCUGUGAUACAACACCACCAACACCCCCCAUGACUACACCGCCAUCACCAAUCAACCCAAUGGCGAUCAACAAUCCCUUUGCAAUGUACAGGCCACCAACUUGCCAUUUACCGCCAUUCUUUCCCAAUCAUUUUCCGGCAUACCCGCCGAUUUUUGCACCGACGGCUCCCCCUUCAUCCUUCAUCAAUCCCUUACUUUUCAAUCACCUUCCCAAGAUCAAACCGAUGGAACAGGAUCAUCUAUCAUCGAAGCGACUUAGGAUGAUCAGUCCGGAACGAAAUUCGCCGUUAAAAGAUCGAACCACUCCACCUCAAAUGCCGACGAUUAGCGCGAAAAUUAGUCCUCCGACCGCCGAAGAAGCCUGCUCAACUUUAAUGCCCUCGCCGGCCAGGCCGCAGCCCGGCUCCGGUAAUAUGAUGUUUAGUAACCCUCGGGACCAAAUCGCGAAAUCAAACGGGUACGACGAGUUUAGCGACGCCCCUCGUGACCUAACUAAGAUCAACGAAGAAAGAUGCCAUAGUAGAUCAAAAUCGUUGAGUAGCGAAGAGGGAGAUCAACCUCUAGAUUUAAGCGUCAACAGAAAACUGUCCCCAAUAAUUACAGUGGACAUCGACGAACCCGUGCGGCGCGAUCAAAUCCUGACACCAAUAAAGAAGGCGAAGGAAGAAGAUAAGAUUGAGGUUGUCGACGUUGACGACAGCCAUAAACCGGUGGAUCCCUACAAAGGCGUGCCGCAAAUCUCGUACCCGCGACCAAUUCAUCCACUGAUACUGGAGAUGUACAGGCCGAAUUUCCACCCCCUUCAAGGUCCGCAAAACAACGAUCGACUUUUACCGCAUCCCUUUGGACCGCGACAUUUUCCCUUCAUCAAUCCACUUCAACAUGCUAGAAAUUUCGAUUUGUUAAGACCAAACUUGCAAAAUUUCGGCGCGGUAAAGCCUUACCACGACGUGAUCCAACAGCAAACGCAGAGCAAAAUGAAGGACCGGUACGCGUGUAAAUUUUGCGGAAAAGUUUUCCCUCGCUCCGCUAAUCUUACACGACAUUUGCGCACGCAUACCGGCGAGCAACCGUACAAGUGUAGAUACUGCGAGCGAUCCUUCAGCAUUUCGAGUAAUCUUCAACGUCACGUUCGUAAUAUACACAAUAAAGAGAAGCCGUUUAAGUGCCCGUUGUGCGAGAGGUGCUUUGGACAGCAAACGAACUUGGACCGGCAUUUGAAGAAACACGAGCAGGACGACGGUAACGGCGGCACCGUAAUCGCCGAUUCCCCUGGUAGUAGCAACGAAAAUGAGAGGGAGGACGCGUACUUUGACGAAAUACGCAACUUCAUGGGCAAGGUGACCUAUUCGGGAUCGAACUUCAACCAGGCGCAGUUGUACAACCCCUCGCAUAACCAUUCCAACAUCGACGUUGUCAGCAAAGAGGAGGACGACUCUGAGAGUUACUCGGACGGCACUUCACCGGUCGACGACUACCCCAAGAAAGUGGAUAUGGGUAUUGUUAAACAGGAAAAGGACGAAAUUCUGAACAAUAACGAUCAGGCGUUAGAAAUACCUACUUAGUAUUAGUGGUACUAGCAUUGUAAGGA